CCGGCCUGCCCAUGUAAGCCCACGUUCGCCUUAAAGUUACAGUCGGCCAACUCGCGUUUUCGUACAAUGAAUAAAUGCGCUGCGUGUGGCUUUGAGCUUAAUCAUCGGACAGAAAACCGAGAUAAUUUUACUUAAAUCGGUCAUCCUCAUCAUUUUGCAACAAUUACACUCUCAUACCCAAUGAGCACCAAAGCAAACGACAGAUCAUCACCAAUCGUUGCAAGAGUAUCAAGAAAGGUGAAAACAUGCGAUGAAUGCCGAAGACAUAAGAUCAGAUGCUCUUUGGGACCUGAUCAAUCAACUCCAUGUGCACGAUGUAAACGAAUGAGCUUGGAUUGUCGGUUAACGAAGAAUUUACAGAGUAUAUUGGAAGAACAUAAUUCAGACGCAAAAUGGAAAGAAAGUGUAGAACAAAGGCUCAACACACUCUUUGAGGCACUAUCGAACAGCAAUGAAAGCCACAGUAGGAAAAGAAGAAAGAGCUCAUCUGUACCGGCCGAUGGUACGGACAGUCCUACUUUCCAUCCGAUCACCGCUGAUCCAUUGGACAUGCUUGCUGAUGCGGCAAGUAACAAUGUCGGUCAAUCAGCUGAAGCAAGUACGUCGACCAACAAGGCUAAACGGAAUCGAAGUGAUAUCAUUGAACGAGGUUUACUCACCUUUGAUCAAACGUGCACUUUAGUGAACAUUUACCUCACUUACUUGGAUCCCCACGUUUACUCAAUUGUUGGAUCCGUUCACGUAAGAGCUGAUGAGUUGAGUCAGGCUAGCAAUCUACGUGUUGCCGUUCAAAGCAUUCGAAGAAGCCCAUUGUUGUUAUUGGCAAUCUGUACAGUUGCAAGUUUACACUGUUCUGCAAACAUUCUAGAAGAUGGUACUUUGGUGGAAACCAGUGCGCAAGGUAACAAUGCGGACCGCCCUUCUCGCUUAUAUUCAACUUUACACGACGAAUUCGUUCGCUUAUCAGCCCAACAAAGUUUUGUCAGACAUCAAUCAUUGGAUGAUAUCCGAGCGCUAUUGAUCGGGAGUUGGUGGUUGCGGGAUUUAAGUUGGAUUUUAACAGGAUCUGCCGUCCGCUUAGCAACAGAACGGGGGAUGCAAGAAGCAUACAAGAAAUGCAGCAAUAUGGAAGCCGGCAGAAAAGCAUGUCAAAGUGGUCCGAAAGCUCGAUGCGGUCCAGGAGAAGCCGUCGAAGGGUCAAACGUUGUUGUUGAUGAAGGAAUAGAACAAGAAGCUUACAAGGCUGCAAGACUGUACUACUUAGUCUACGUGGCAGACCAUCAAGCCGCAAUACCAUUCUCACGCCCACCGAUGACAAGACAACAUGCAGCUGUACGUAAUGUGCGAGCGUGGCUAGCCGGCUGUCGUCUAGCGACGGAUGAAGAUGCUCGAUUGGCAAGUCAAGUUGAGCUUUGGGUAAUUGCUCAUGAUGUCUUGGAUGACUUUGGAGUGGACGUUCAAGAAGCUCUGACCCGCAAACAAGUACUGGAGGAAGCACCAAGAUUCUUUGCUUUGGUGGAUCGCUGGCAAAAUCGUUGGGAGAGAAUCCAUUCAUGUAAAAAAAGUGAACUCAACAAAGUUCACAUAGAAGAAGUCAAUCUGCAAGCUGAAAUGAUGCGCCUAUUUAUUGGUGCACACGCUUUUCGUUCGCCUCCCGAUGUUGAUCCUUUGGAAAUCGAAGGCGGAGAAGAAGAGGAGCAUGAGAUGAUUGACGAAAUAGAGCACCGGCCAUCUUUCGCUACUAAAUCUAUGCCCGCCAUUCCCGAUGGUAACCCGAACCAAUUCAGUAAGGAUGAGAAGAGUCAAAGGAAUACAAUCGCUUUGCGUGCAUACCAUGUUGCAUUUCAUCUUGUACAACUGGUAACAAAUACUGAUUUUGCUCAAAUCAAGACUAUGCAUGCAUGGAAACGGUCGGGGAUGUACGGUCAACCAAUCUACCCGUUUGCGAUGUUGAUUUUCGCGUGUUUAUUUUUACAUAAAUCAACAAAGCAUCAACAACUUUCUUUUGCGGUAAAUCCAAGGUAUAACAUGCUUAUGAUCGAUAAAGUUUGUCAAUCUCUGCAAGAUCAUUUGAUGCCCUAUUGUGUUGAUGCACAUAUCUGUGGUACUGUGCUACCUGGACUCUUGUCAUUGUCGAACAGCGAAAGGGCCAAAUUAUCAAAAGACAGCCAUGUUCCCGUCUCAGAAAAAGAGGACGACAUCAUCCAACAAGUUCCCCAAUUUGACAAUCGCGCUCACCUCCAUCCGUCUGCGAAUGACACAUUCCUACAGCAAAACUCGACAACCUCACUCGAUUCUAUCAUGGAUAUCUCACAACCAUUUCAGGAUUCCUUUGCCAUCGCAAACACAUCACCCAUGCAAUCAGGAACGCCAGCUUUCAGUUUUGAUCUUCAAUCUUUGGACUUGUUGUCUGAUUUACGUUAUCUUAGUGGUGUUGGCAGUGAUGCAUUAUUAUGGGAUCUUUCUGCUUUUGAUGCUUCUGCUGUAAAUUCUUUUCCACAAUCAUAAUCGGAUAUAUUCAUACAAAUUUCUACACUAUUUUUAAUCCUGUACUUCUACUUCUAACAAGGCUACCGAUGAUCUACCUUGACCUAGAUAUACCCUACAUGCAGUCUCCCACCAUUGCUUCAACGUUCGGGUUUGCUUUCCAACGACUUUUGCACCAUCAUCAAAUUUCCUCAGAGCUAUCUUUUUUUCUAGCAUUGGAUCCGUUGCACGUA